AUGUUCCGCCUGGAGGGCCGCGAAGAGUUGGCGGCGGUGGGGCCUGCACUCACUCAACGUGCGGCGACGAUCACUGAGUACACCGAUACCAGUGUCUUCCUCCCCGAGCUGGACGAGGAGGGCGUCGAGGCGCCGCCGAACUGGUUCGGACUGAACCCGAACGACGACGAGGACUCGAUGGAGGAAAUCGCCUCCAGCGACGAAGGCGAGGACGAGGAGGGCGAGGAUGGUGAAGACGACGCGCCGGAGGAUGGAGCGGAUGGCCAACCUCAGCUCGAUCAUGCCUCGAGCAACGAGCCGCGUGCGAGUGCGUCGACUGCUGCCGAAGGCGACCAAGCCGAGACUCGCCAACUGACCACUCCACCAGCCGGCGCCGCGGACUCCACUAACCUGCCGGACCCGCCUGCUGCUCCUCUAGCCUAG